CGCCGGCCGCGAGGCCCCGCUGAGCCCGACUGAGGCGCGGAUCCUCCGUGGGGCGUCCGCCGGCGGCGCGGUCCUCACCGGAGACCACGGGCACGCGGGCUUGACCCCGAGGUGCGCCGCGCCCCUCAGAGCGGCAGUUUUAUAUUAAAAGAGCACAACCAUGUUUCGGAAUAGUCUCAAGAUGCUUCUUACUGGUGGGAAAUCAAGUCGGAAAAACAGGUCAAGUGAUGGAGGAAGCGAGGAACCACCGGAUCGAAGACAGUCGAGUGUAGAUUCUCGCCAAAGCCGCUCUGGGCAAGGUGGCAUCUCCACAGAAAGCGACUGUGCUUUUGAGCCAGACUAUGCUGUUCCACCACUUGCAGUGAGUGAAGGUGAUGUUGAACAGGAACUUGGUCCACCUCCUUCUGUAGAUGAGGCAGCAAACACACUCAUGACUCGUCUGGGUUUCCUCCUUGGAGAGAAAGUCCCGGAAGUACAGCCAGGUGAUCAGUACAGCAUGGAAGUACAGGAUGAAAAUCAGUCUGUCAUUACUGAGUCGGAAAUGCAUCUGUUAAAACCAGAUGACAAGAUCCUACAGAAUACAGAAGCUACGCUGACAAAUUAUUCGGAAAACAUGGAGCGUACAAAAUAUGUUGGGGAAAGUGGUAAAGAAUUAGGAUCUGGAGGAAACCUAAAACCAUGGCAGUCUCAGAAAUCCAGCAUGGACUCCUGUCUGUAUCGUGUAGACGAAAACAUGACUGCCUCCACAUACAGUCUGAAUAAGAUCCAAGAGAGGAAUUUGGAAACGGUUUUAUCCCAGUCAGUACAAUCUAUUCCUUUGUAUCUCAUGCCUCGACCAAAUUCAGUAGCAGCUACCAGCUCUGCCCACUUGGAGGAUCUUGCUUACCUGGAUGAGCAGAGACAUACUCCUUUGAGAACUUCCCUUCGAAUGCCAAGACAGAGUAUGGGUGGAAUUCGUACACAGCAGGAUCUAAGAGUUCGCUUUGCACCUUACAGACCUCCAGAUAUCUCCCUGAAGCCCCUCCUCUUUGAAGUGCCCAGCAUCACCACAGAGUCAGUGUUCGUUGGCCGAGAUUGGGUAUUCCAUGAGAUUGAUGUUCAGCUUCAGAGUUCAAACGCCAACGUGAACCAAGGAGUAGUGAUCGUGGGAAACAUUGGGUUCGGAAAAACUGCCAUCAUCUCCAGACUGGUGGCCCUCAGCUGCCAUGGUACACGGAUGAGACAGAUCGCCUCUGAUAGCCCACAUGCCUCCCCCAAACAUGUAGAUGCCAACAGAGAACUACCGCUCACCCAGCCACCUUCAGCCCAUUCAUCUAUUACCAGUGGAAGCUGCCCAGGAACUCCAGAAAUGCGCAGACGACAGGAGGAGGCCAUGCGAAGACUUGCCUCACAGGUGGUUGCCUAUCACUAUUGCCAGGCAGAUAAUGCCUACACCUGCCUGGUACCAGAAUUCGUCCACAAUGUUGCUGCUCUGCUCUGCCGCUCACCUCAGCUGACAGCUUACCGGGAGCAGCUUCUUCGGGAACCUCACCUGCAAAGCAUGCUAAGCCUUCGGUCCUGUGUUCAAGACCCCAUGGCCUCCUUCCGGAGGGGAGUUCUAGAACCCCUGGAGAACCUCCACAAAGAGAGAAAAAUCCCAGAUGAAGAUUUCAUCAUUUUAAUUGAUGGAUUAAAUGAAGCAGAAUUUCACAAACCGGAUUAUGGGGAUACAAUUGUAUCAUUUCUGAGUAAAAUGAUUGAAAAUUUUCCUUCUUGGCUCAAGCUAAUUGUAACAGUUAGGACCAGUUUACAGGAAAUUACCAAGUUGCUGCCUUUCCAUAGGAUUUUUUUGGAUCGACUAGAAGAGAAUGAAGCCAUAGACCAAGACCUUCAGGCUUACAUCCUGCACCGGAUUCAUAGCAGCUCAGAGAUUCAGAAUAACAUCUCACUUAAUGGCAAGAUGGACAAUACUACAUUUGGCAAACUCAGUUCUCACCUCAAGACCCUCAGUCAAGGGUCUUAUCUAUACCUGAAACUAACAUUUGACCUCAUAGAGAAAGGCUACCUAGUGCUAAAGAGCUCUAGCUACAAAGUGGUUCCUGUUUCACUCUCUGAGGUUUAUUUACUCCAGUGCAAUAUGAAGUUCCCAACUCAGUCUUCCUUUGACCGGGUGAUGCCUCUCCUGAAUGUGGCAGUGGCCUCUCUCCACCCACUUACUGAUGAACAUAUCUUCCAGGCCAUCAAUGCUGGGAGCAUUGAAGGCACACUAGAAUGGGAAGACUUUCAGCAAAGAAUGGAGAACCUCUCCAUGUUCUUAAUCAAGCGCAGAGACAUGACUCGAAUGUUUGUGCACCCCUCUUUCCGAGAAUGGCUUAUCUGGAGAGAAGAAGGAGAGAAAACCAAAUUUCUCUGUGAUCCCAGGAGUGGCCACACUUUACUUGCCUUCUGGUUUUCCCGCCAAGAGGGAAAACUAAACCGACAGCAGACUAUUGAACUGGGACAUCACAUUCUCAAAGCACACAUCUUUAAGGGUUUGAGUAAAAAAGUUGGUGUAUCAUCCUCCAUCCUCCAAGGUCUCUGGAUCUCCUAUAGCACAGAAGGUCUUUCUAUGGCGUUGGCAUCUUUACGAAAUCUCUACACUCCAAAUAUAAAGGUCAGCAGACUGCUGAUUUUGGGAGGUGCCAAUAUUAAUUACCGGACAGAGGUUUUAAAUAAUGCUCCAAUACUAUGUGUCCAGUCUCACCUUGGUUACACAGAAAUGGUGGCCCUCCUUUUGGAAUUUGGGGCCAAUGUGGAUGCCUCUUCUGAGAGUGGCCUGACUCCUCUAGGGUAUGCUGCAGCAGCAGGGUUCCUGAGCAUCGUGGUCUUGCUGUGCAAGAAACGGGCUAAGGUAGAUCACUUGGAUAAGAAUGGGCAGUGUGCGUUGGUUCAUGCUGCUCUACGGGGUCAUCUAGAGGUUGUCAAGUUUCUCAUUCAGUGUGACUGGACAAUGGCGGGCCAGCAGCAAGGAGUGUUUAAGAAGAGCCAUGCCAUCCAGCAGGCACUCAUUGCUGCAGCCAGCAUGGGUUACACUGAGAUUGUCUCCUACCUACUUGAUCUUCCAGAAAAAGAUGAAGAGGAAGUGGAGCGAGCUCAGAUCAACAGUUUUGACAGUCUCUGGGGAGAGACAGCCCUGACAGCCGCAGCAGGAAGGGGCAAACUGGACGUGUGCCGUCUGCUUCUGGAACAAGGGGCAGCUGUGGCCCAGCCAAACCGCAGAGGAGCGGUACCCCUUUUCAGUACUGUUCGCCAGGGCCACUGGCAGAUUGUUGACCUGUUACUUACCCACGGAGCUGAUGUCAACAUGGCAGACAAGCAGGGUCGUACUCCCCUGAUGAUGGCUGCUUCUGAAGGCCAUCUAGGAACCGUGGACUUUCUUCUUGCACAAGGUGCCUCUAUUGCCCUAAUGGACAAAGAAGGAUUGACAGCCCUCAGCUGGGCUUGUUUGAAGGGCCAUCUCUCAGUAGUACGUUCUCUGGUUGAUAAUGGAGCUGCUACAGACCAUGCUGACAAGAAUGGCCGCACCCCACUGGACCUGGCAGCUUUCUAUGGCGAUGCGGAAGUGGUCCAGUUCCUGGUGGAUCAUGGGGCCAUGAUUGAGCAUGUUGACUACAGUGGCAUGCGUCCUUUGGAUAGGGCAGUGGGUUGCAGGAACACCUCUGUCGUAGUCACUCUGCUGAAGAAAGGAGCCAAAAUAGGUCCAGCCACAUGGGCGAUGGCCACCUCCAAACCAGACAUCAUGAUCAUCCUGUUGAGCAAGCUGAUGGAAGAGGGGGACAUGUUUUAUAAGAAAGGUAAAGUAAAGGAAGCUGCCCAGCGCUACCAAUAUGCUCUGAAGAAAUUCCCUAGAGAAGGGUUUGGUGAGGACUUGAAAACCUUCCGGGAGCUAAAAGUAUCUCUGCUCCUCAACCUCUCUCGAUGUCGCAGGAAAAUGAACGACUUUGGAAUGGCGGAGGAGUUUGCUACUAAGGCCCUGGAGCUGAAACCGAAAUCUUAUGAAGCAUACUAUGCAAGGGCAAGGGCAAAACGCAGCAGCAGACAGUUUGCAGCAGCCUUAGAAGACCUGAAAGAGGCCAUCAAGCUAUGUCCAAACAACCGUGAGAUCCAGAGGCUUCUGAUGCGAGUGGAGGAGGAAUGUAGACAGAUGCAGCAGCAGCAGCAGCAGCCGCCACCACCACCCCAGCAACCUCAGCAGGAGUUACCAGAGGAAGAGACAGAGCCUGAGCCCCCGCAUGAAGAUAUAUAUUCUGUACAAGACAUAUUUGAGGAGGAGUACUUGGAACAGGAUGUUGAAAACGUUUCUAUUGGCCUCCAGACAGAGGCUCGGCCCAGUCAGGGGCUCCCAGUAAUUCAGAGCCCGCCUUCCUCUCCAGCUCAUCGGGACUCAGCCUAUAUCUCUAGCUCACCUCUUGGCUCUCAUCAGGUUUUUGACUUCCGCUCCAAUAGUUCUGUAGGUUCUCCCACUAGACAAGGUUAUCAGUCCACCUCGCCUGCUCUUUCUCCAACUCACCAGAACUCUCAUUACAGGCCUAGCCCACCACAUACGUCCCCAGCUCAUCAGGGUGCAUCUUACCGGUUCAGCCCACCUCCUGUGGGAGGGCAAGGCAAGGAAUACCCGAGCCCUCCCCCUUCCCCUCUCCGCAGAGGCCCUCAGUACCGGGCCAGCCCUCCAGCUGAGAGCAUGGGUGUCUAUAGAACCCAGUCUGGCUCCCCUGUACGCUAUCAGCAAGAAACAAAUGUGAGUCAGCUACCUGGCAGACCAAAAUCUCCACUAUCCAAGAUGGCCCAGCGGCCCUACCAGAUGCCUCAGCUUCCAGUAGCAGUUCCCCAGCAAGGGCUCAGGCUACAGCCUGCCAAGGCCCAGAUUGUAAGAAGUAACCAGCCUAGCUCAGCAGUCCACUCAAGCACUGUCAUCCCGACAGGAGCCUAUGGCCAAGUAGCCCAUUCGAUGGCUAGUAAAUACCAGUCUCCACAAGGAGAUAUGGGAGUGAGUCAGAGCCGAUUGGUUUAUCAGGGAUCCAUAGGGGGCAUUGUAGGAGAUGGGAGACCCGUACAGCAUGUCCAAGCCAGCCUGAGCGCCGGUGCCAUCUGUCAGCAUGGAGGAUUGACCAAAGAAGAUCUGCCACAGAGACCCUCCUCUGCCUAUCGAGGAGGCAUGAGGUACAGCCAGACACCACAGAUUGGGCGUAGCCAGUCAGCAUCCUAUUAUCCAGUCUGUCACUCAAAACUAGAUCUGGAACGUUCCUCCAGCCAACUGGGUUCCCCUGAUGUGUCACAUUUAAUCAGAAGACCUAUCAGUAUCAACCCUAAUGAAAUCAAGCCCCACCCACCGACUCCCAGGCCACUGCUGCACUCACAGAGCGUGGGCCUUCGCUUCUCUCCAUCUAGCAAUAGCAUCGCGUCCACCUCCAACCUGACUCCCACCUUCCGGCCUUCUUCUUCAAUUCAGCAAAUGGAGAUCCCACUGAAGCCAACAUAUGAUAGGUCAUGUGAUGAACUGUCACCAGUGUCUCCCACUCAGGGAGGCUACCCUAGUGAGCCCACCCGAUCCAGGACCACACCAUUCAUGGGGAUCAUAGAUAAAACCGCCCGGACUCAACAGUACCCCCACCUUCACCAGCAGAAUCGGACCUGGGCAGUGUCAUCCGUGGAUACCGUUCUCAGUCCCACAUCUCCAGGCAGCCUGCCUCAGCCGGAGUCCUUCAGUCCACCGUCAUCCAUCAGCAACAUUGCCUUUUAUAACAAAACCAACAAUGCACAGAAUGGCCAUUUGCUGGAGGACGAUUAUUACAGCCCCCAUGGGAUGCUGGCUAAUGGGUCACGUGGAGACCUCUUAGAAAGAGUCAGCCAGGCCGCCUCCUAUCCUGACGUGAAGGUUGCACGGACCCUACCCGUGGCUCAGGCAUACCAGGACAACCUGUACAGGCAAUUGUCUCGGGACUCUCGACAAGGGCAGACAUCGCCUAUCAAACCAAAGAGACCAUUUGUGGAGUCUAAUGUUUAAGAGACAGUUGUUGGAGUGAGACCCAUAUGUUUUCACUGCACAUUUUCAGGCUUGGUUUUCACAUCUGAGGUAGUUCUCUGGCUUAAUUUCUCAUGUAGCUUCUGUGUGGUGUUCAGAGGUGACAGCCCACAUGUUGAAAUCCUUUGCAUGCAGCUGACUAGGAAGCUGGCCUCUGGUGAGCCAGGACUUUCUCGGGUCUGUGCCCCAGCCACAUGCUCUCUCCCUCUCUUCCAAUGCCAACAAGGAGAUUUUGUGCCGUGAGCUUUAACCAGGGAGAUCAGACACACUGGUCAGCUUUUUCCAGGAGACAAUCGCUUUCACUGAUGUUCUUGUUGUGUGAAUGUCUCUUUCCUUUUUAAAAAGUAAGAUGUUCUUGUUUGGUUUUUUCUAGAAACUCUAGGAAGUGUGUGAUGCCUCUGUCCUUGCAUUCUUACUCAGUGUUCCACAUGGCCAGCCCCAAUGCAUUCUUGUGCCAUGGUCUCCUCCCCAAACUCCAGCUCCCUGCAGGCAUCAGGUCUAGAAUCUUCAUUUACUGUAUUGCUGGUCUUCCCCUGGGAUAAAGGGAUCUAGGGGAGAGUGAGAAGGGAAGGAAGCUGCUAAGUCAGAAGAAAAGCCCACUAUAAUUAUUUGAAAUGCUACCAUGUUGAUUUUCCAAGAGGCAUUUUGAGAACAUUUAGUAAACAUUCACCCUUUAAAUAAAUUGAUCAGCCAAGGAAAUUCCAGGACGACUGUGGGUAUUUUUAAAGGAAAUUCCAGGACGACUGUGGGUAUUUUUAAAGCACUCACCAAGAGUGAGCUUUAACCAACAAUUAACCACUAAAGGCUACUGAUUUUUCCAAGGUUAGAGGAGGAAAUAGAUACAGAGAAAAAAGAAGAAGGGGGAUAAAGAUUGUUCUUCCUUCUCACUGGAAGAAAUGUGUCUUGGAGAUGUCUGCUUCUUAGAUCCUGAGACAGCACUGAGCAGACGGCUGAGGUCUGGCUGGUACGGUAACCCUCUUAGCUGCGUCUUCUGGAGCCAGGGAACCUCGCUGUCUCACACCCAGAUGGUGUAAAGAAGAAAUAGGUUCUUACAGAACACACUUAGAUUCUCUUGGGACUGUCAGACCCAUCCCAGGGUUUCUACCCAGGCCCCUGCAUUUCAUGCCAGCUGUUGACUGAUGCUAUUUUAAGACCUCUGGUUUCAUUCUUCACUGUCAAAAGAGUUGUGUCUUUUGUCUAGGAGUGUUUAGGGGUAAUCUUUGAAAAUCAGAAAAUAGCCAAAAGUGUUGCAGACUCCUUUGACCCCUGGGUAGGGGCAUGAGAUUGACCACAGGCCUUUUCUUCCGUCAGUGUCUUGUGGGUGUCUGCUAACCUGACUUUGGAAGAGCCGAGACAACCGUGAGACAGGCAGCAGGAACACAGGGACGAGAGCUGCAGCACAGUCUGUCUCUGGCUCAUGGCAGUUCUUAAAACCAAGCAACUCAGACCAGGAAACUAACCAGAGGUGUUGGUCCCAUGUUCUUAGGGAACAUUUACUUUUGCUAGUAAAGGGCUACAGGAAGGACAGUGUCUUGAACAAAAUCCAGCUGUGACCUGUUUGGAAUACAGGUUCUCUGAAAGGACCUAUAAGGCAUGCAGAGCGUGACACUGAGAUCAAAUGCCUUUCUCACUGAUUUAGAUUAUGCCAGUAGAUGAAUCCCAAGCUGAAAACGGAUCAGGACUCAUCUCUAUAAGCAGAACAGUUUUCAGUAUGAUGUAGAAGAACUGCCCCUUUCUCCUAGACUAGGAUAGGCAUCGGUGGUCUCUUCCUACCUGUCCAUCCACCUGUCUGUAUCCCCAUCUCUCCCCUCUGGAAGAGGAAGUUUAUAGCUGUGAGGUUAGCCUGUAGCUGGGAACAGCAACUUGUUGGCUCCUGGUGUGGCCUGGACAUAGCCCUGUUGGUCUCUGUAUCAUGCGCUAUCUGAAGCACCUCUAAGGGAGCCCCUAAAGCCCAUUAGAAAAGAGCUCCUGCCUGCGUGGAAAGCCACACUCCCCUAGCCUUACCUUCUAGGUAAGUUAAAAUGCCAUGCAGGCCUACAGAUAGACUACAGCUGCCACUUUUCCCCAGGGUCCCUCAUUUUUCCAGGAAAAGCAAGAAAGUUAAUGUUUCUAUCCCCACCCGAGAGGUCAGUGUCAAACCACAGUUCUUUCUUGGCCAUCAUAAGAGAGUGGCUGUCAUUGCUGUGUGCCAGUGGGUUUUGACUAGAAAACACCAACAGAAACUUCUUGAGGCAGAAAAUAAAACGAGGGUCUUCUGUAGAUGCAGACGCCUGUGCCCUGCUUUGCUACUUCACUGCCAUGGGUUGGUCUUAGUACUGUAUUCUGACUGUGUCCCUCCCUUCCCAGCAAUGAGCAUUCGCCAGGCACGGCUAGCUUCAGGAUGGAAGAAAUUUUUCAGAUGAAACUGGCAAAUUCUGCUCACUCAAUUCACAUCUCCCUUAAGUAGAGACAGGUGACAAACUUCAGCUUGUAGGUUUUUCACCAAAACGUCCCUUUGCCCAAAAGUCUUGCACUAAUAGGUUCCCAUCACAUCAUGUCUAUAAAUGGGUGCACUUUACUGUUUGAAUUUGUAACUCUGGUAAAUACUGGAUAUUUAAGUGUGAGUAAUGUCUUCAUUAGAAAUUAGCAGAGUCACUCUUGUCUCUAGUGUGUUUUUCAAGAAAAAAAACAUGGAAAGAAAUCAAGCAGUGGAUCACAGCAUUCAUAGCACAAGAACUAACUGUUGUAUAUAAGCCUCAACGAGAUUGAGAAUCUUUAAACACAAGAGAAUAUUUGCAGUGAUUUUAAAGUGCUUUCCAGCAAUUUUCUUAGGGACUCCUGAGACAUGGUUCAUUUAUUUACUGGAUCAGUAAGGCACACAAGUAACAGUUAAAAUUAAUGUUAGUUACAAAGUAAAGGGAAAACCUGUGUAACACGAGAAUUUGGCAUGGACAAAUGGAGAUCAUUUUGUAUCUGCUGUUGUGUCUGUCCAGAUCGCAGACGUGCACUAUUAAAAGCCCAAGUUAAUAGAGCACAGUCCCUCUUUCCUCUCCCAGGCGCCCCUUUCUAGGUGUUUAACUGAAACUUGAUGGCUCAGGAAAAUUCCACUAAUUAGAAUCAUGUACAGUAUCCCAGGUUGUUGUCCAGAUGUCCAAGUUUGCUGGUUUUAGUUAAGCCUGGAUUAUUAAACAUUUUUCCUAAAUUAUUAUAAACAGAACAGCUUAGAGAAAGGUGUUCUCAGCCCUUAUAUUGUAUAGUAGUUUAUGAUCCCCUCUAAAUAUUGGUAUUUUUUAUAUUCCAGAGAUAUACCCAAUAGAAAAAUUUAAAACCAGUAUCUAAUUUAAUAUCCAUAAGUAUUUUUCCUUAGAGUUUAGUCAUAUGCAGUGGGAUAUGUAGAUGUCACGUGUGCUUCACCAUACUCUACCACUAGGUGUCACUGUGGCUCUGCAUCAUACUUACCUGGUUACAAAGAAUGGCUUCGUGGAGCUGCUGCCAGUGCCAAGGCAGGCCCAUAGCCUGGAGGUUCAGGAAGACGGGAACAAAGGCCUGGAGGGUCUUCAUGCAUCCAUGCCACCUGUAGCAAGACAGACUCUGAACAGCACCGUUUGGGAGGUUAGGUUGAGCUUCCUUUCUCUGGUGGAUGGGCAUGUAGAGGAGCCUUUUCUCCCCUGAGCACCCUUUCUCUAUCAGCCUCCAGCUUUUCUAACUCCACAAGUAUCAUGGUUGGGCGGUUUGAUUAAAGAUAGUUAUUUUUCUACUGCAGAAAUGCCUUGGACAAAAACAGUUGCUCACUGAAUCUUUGCCACUCAAUGGAACAGGCUCCCCAGGUGGCAGGACAUGCUGCCUCUGUGCCCAUCCCUGUUGAGCCUCUCAGGGCUCAGCAGCCCCACCCACCCUGCCUGUCCAUCCUCUGGCUGCCCAGUUCUCAAGAAGCGGUCUGCUGCCGCCUUUGCUCUGGGGGCCAUACUGCCCUGCCGCCGUGUGCUUGUUGAGAGGUGUGACUUCUCCUUUUCCUCUGGGAAUUCCAGACUGACCAUCUACCAUGACUAACAAUGAACAAAGGGCUUAGGGGUAAGAGCUACCUACAAAGACGUGUCAUGGAAACCUUCACCAUGCAAUGCCUUGAACUCAGCUCUGGCUGCUCCCAAGAAAAGGUGGCUGGCUAGGGGCCUGGACACAAGCACAACGGGGCUGGUGGAGCCACUGUGCAGAGCUACUUGAAUAUUCACUGGGUCUUCAUCAACUCCUUUUGUAAUACAGACCACUCAAGGGCUGAAGUGUUGGUAACCUUCAUUUCGGUGUCCAAUGCCUCACAGCAGCUGAGCCACCCUGAGAUGCUUGUGGCCACAUGAUGGCCACAGUCAGAGCUUUGAAAGUUGGUACCAAAUGAACGUAUAAUUGGACACCAAAAAUCAAGUGUUACUCUCAUGUUUCCUCACCCUGCCAUCUCGUUUCUCCUCCUGACUGUGAUCCCUACACUAAGCCGACCAGUCAGGCUGCAGCUGGCUGCACGCAGAUGCCAGCCAGCACCAUCUCCAGGUUUCAGAUAGACCUACUCUGCAGGAAGGACUUGGCCUAGCAGCUCUGUUCUGUAGCACUUGAUGGCUGGGUUUCCCUUUGCUAAUCACUAACCAGGAAAUCUGGCUAGGACUCAAAUCACUCCCUUCAAUCCCCAGGACCAGAGAGAGAGUUAAUUCUGGAAAAUUCAGUACUUGAAUGUACCUGCCUUACUGUGUACCCAUUCACUGGGGGGGAGGGGGGAGUGAUGCCGGCUCUAGAUAGCCACUCACAGGUUAUUUUGGGAAUCCUGUAAGUUAUACUGUCCUGAUUUGUUGGGUUUUUUUUUUUAUUUUUUUUUUUAACAUUUGGCUGAUUCCUGCUGAGUUGGGCCAGUUCCUGUGGGGCUCAGGGCAGGUGCCGUUCUCAGGCAUGGGCUCCCUUCCAUCUAGCACAGCGUCUGUGUCUCUCUGUUCUGUCUCCUCCAAAUCCAAGAUGAUUUUAAUUAGUACAGACAUGUACAGUCUACAAUUAAAGAGUGAUUUGUACUAAUAUGAUUUUGAUUAUUCCUCUUUGCUGUCCUUUCAAGACACUUGCUGGAAAAAGCUUUAAUGCACUUAGUUUUCCUCUAGGUUUUCUAUAACUCAGAUGUAAAGGACUUCCUCUGUACAGUAUAUUAUCCAAUGCAUGUUUGUUCUCUAGCCUAAUGUAUCGAACACCACACAGUCGUGAACUCGUGCAGUGGGAACACCCCACACCCAGCGGAGGCCUCCGCCCCGUGUAUAAGGAAGACAUUUCCUUUGCUGUACUUGCUUGAACAGUUUUAUUGUCUGUACAUGUGAGCUGUGUGAGAUAGAUGUGAAAAGUUUAAAUGAAUGCAUUUUCCUGCCCCAUGUAUACAGAGCGUCAACUGUACAAUGAGCUGUAUGUAUGAAAGCAAAUGUACUUAUUUAUAAAUGAUCAACACUUGGA